AUGGUGGGUUGCGGAGUCAUUUCUUCGAUCUUGCGGCGCAAGAGCUGGGGACCGGCCUCUGGCAAAGCGCGUUUCCGCCGGGCUGCGCGCAAGGGUUAUUCCAAGCGUUCGGCCGGGACGGUCACCUCCUCGGAUGAGGACGAAUACGAUAGCACUGGGUCUUUGCGGCAUGGCACCGACGGCUCCAUCUCCGAGAAGAAGGAAGUGCCUCAACAUGGGCAGACAGAAAAUGCCCAUGAUACCGACCCAGGUCUCUUGAAGAAGCAUUCAUCAUACCUUUCUUACUCAACCUCCACUGCGACGUAUCCUUCUGUCCGAACGUUCUUCCGUCCGCAUCCGCAAAAGGACAAGCUACCCACCAAGCCCUCGGCGAUUCCGCUGCUGGUUUUCGUCCAUGGCUUGGGUGGAUCUCUUGCACAAUUCAACCACCUGCUCACCAGUCUGUCCAAUGUUGGACCCUGCUUUGGAAUCGAUCUUCCCGGAUGUGGGUUAUCGUCUUUUGCGCCGACGUCCUGGGAUGCUUACUCGGUGGACGCGCUCGCGGAGUUGCUUGCCAUCGCCAUUGAGCAGCACCGGGAUAAGGAGGCCGGUCAAGGAGUGGUGUUGAUCUCCCAUAGUCUGGGCUGUUCACUAUCCGCGUUGCUGGCAUCCUCCACCUCCUCCUUGGGCGGCAAUCUGAAAGAGCAUAUUCUUGGCCUCAUUGCCGUCUGCCCCCGUGCAGGCCCCCCGCCUCCCCACGAAGUCGCUAAAUUUCGCCGGCUUUUGCAUGUUCCCCGCCCGAUCUUUGAUCUCUGGCGCUGUUGGGAUCGGCGAGGCGGUCUGCAUAGCACCAGUGUCAACCGACUGGUCGGUGCCGCAGCCGAUCCCGAUACUCGAGGGCUUCAAGUCCGCUACAACAAGCAGAGCAAGACGGAUGUAUGGAGGCGGAUGGCGUGGGGCACGCUGCCGUCCUACGAUCGCAAUGGCAAGGCUAUCGGGGGGAUCCCUGGCGAGGAGGUCUGGGCGGGAGUCUACAUCCCUGUCCUGCUGGUGGCCGGCGAAGCGGACGCGGUGGCAAAGCCUGCGGAACUGAAGAAGAUCCUGCAGUUCUUUGGCCGAGCUGGACGUAGCGUGGAUGAUGGCGCGGAUACAGUAUCUACUAUUCCUGAUGCGAGCAAAGUCCACGACAAAGCGCCGGGCUCUUAUAACCGUCGGGCACAUGAAGAAGCAUUUGGUGUUGAGCCACAGGUCGAGGAGCAGGAGGUAGCGGAGGAGUCUGAUCAGUCGGGGCCUCGGCGGUCUGUCAAGUCUGUUAUCUUGCCUGCUCCGGCGUCCCAUGCGCUCAUCUACGAUCGCGCGACGUAUCGCACUCUGGCCGGGAUUAUCCAAGAUUUCCUCCACCAACACGUUGAUAACCGCCUGAGCAUGGGCUGGCAAUUGCAGUACCUGAACACGUCAGGCAAGUGGGACGUCAAAAACCUGGCGAAGUGGAAGAAGGUCGCCCCGGUGUCGGAGAGAAUUGCCGACACCUUUGCGGCGCUCAAGAUGCUCCGGGAGGUGGACGAAGAACACAACCCCGUUCUGUUCUCGCAGAAAUACCGCGACCAGAUCUACGCCGUGAUUGAUAUCAGCUAUGAGAAUCCGGUGUAUAACCCGGCAUCGAUGGAAAAGGGUGGUAUCCAUUACCACAAACAUCCGACGGUGUCGAAGAUUCCCCCGACGCCGGAUGAGGUCCGAGACUUUAUCGCGCUCGUAGACCGACUACACAAUGAGAUUACAGAGAAGAUGGAGAAGUCGGACAACCCGGAGGGUCCGCGCCCGGUGGUUGGCGUCCAUUGCCAUUACGGGUUCAACCGGACUGGAUUUCUGAUCGUGUCGUACUUGAUCGAACGGCGGGGCUUCACUGUAUCCGAAGCGAUUGAAGAGUUUGAGCGGCGACGUCCGCCGGGCAUUCGCCACGAACACUUUAUUGAUACCCUGUUUGUGCGACACUGCGUUGGGCUGAAGAGGGCGCCUACGCUAGGAGAUUGA